AUGAACGUCCCUAGUGUCCUGACGGCGGGAGGGAGGUGGAGAUUUUUCCCAGUACCAAUAGGAUGGUCCUCGUUCCAGGCCCUACAUAAUUCCUGCUGUCGGAAAAAAUCCACUGCACCCAAGAAAAGUACUCCCAGCGUUGCUUUUUGUGACAAAACGACCAAGGAGGCUGGGAAGGCACUGGACAAGCUCUUCUCUUCGGAACAGCAGGCUUCCAUAUUGCAUGUGUUGAAUACAGCAUCUAAUAACGAACUUGAAGCUUUCAAAUCACUUCGUGGAAGAAAGUCCAUCAAUCUUGUAGAGCACAGAAAAAAGUUUGGGCCAUUUCAGAACUUGGAGAGUUUAAUGGAUGUGCCCUUGUUCCAGUAUAAAACUACCGUUCAGAUUUGUAACUCCAUUCUUUGUCCAGAGACUAGAGUGAGAAAAAGAAAGUCACAGGAAAACCGGCUCUUGAAAAAGCUCAUCAAACCAGAAAUAGAAAGAGAGAGACUUAAGGCAGUAAAUAGUAUCGUAUCCAUCGUUUUUGGUACUCGGAGAAUUGCCUGGGCUCACCUGGACCGUAAACUGACAGUGCUGGACUGGCAGCAUAAAGAAUGUUGCCAGUUGGUGAGAGGAACAUACACAUCGUCUGUCUAUUUAGAAGAGAUUUCUCCAGUCGUUUCAAAGAUGCCCAAAGCUGACUUCUAUGUUCUGGAAAAAACAGGACUUUCCCUUCAGAACUCAACUCUGUUUCCUAUUCUACUACAUUUGCAUAUCGUGGAAGCCAUGCUGUAUGCCUUAUUAAACACAACCUUUGCCCAGAGUGGCCAGCAUCAGGUACUGAGCAUGAAUCGAAAUGCAGUGGGGAAGCACUUCCAGCUGAUGCUCGGCGACAGCCGCACUAGUGGGAAAGAGCUAGUGAAGCAGUUCCUCUCAGACGCUGUCCUGAAGGAAGAGCCUCGGGUAUUCUUCCCAUCGGAUAAGAUAAUCCACUACAGACACAUGUUUUCAGCUACUGACCAAUACAGAAUAGAAGAGUUAUAUGAUUCAUUAUUACAAGCUGUUGCCUUCUAUGAAUUGGCAGUGUUUGACCCCGAACCUUCAAAUUCUGAUCACUAA